GCGCUCCGCCCCGUCCCGUCCCGUCCGCCCGGACUUUACCUCCCGGCCGGGCCCGGCUCCGUUCCGGGCCAUGUGAGGAGCGGGGCCGGGCCGCAGGGCCGCCACCGGCAGCUCCAUGGAGCGCAGGAAAGUGUUCGUGGUGCUCGACGUGCUCUGCCUGGCGGUCGCAUCUCUGCCCUUCGUCAUCCUGACGCUGGUGAACUCCCCUUACAAACGGGGUUUCUACUGCAACGACGACUCCAUCCGCUACCCCUACAAGGCGGACACCAUCACCCACGGCCUCAUGGCCGGGGUCACCAUCACCUGCACCGUCGUCAUCCUCUCAUCAGGGGAGCUGUACCUGGUCUACACGGAGCGUCUCUAUUCCAAGUCGGAAUUCAACAACUACCUGGCUGCCCUCUACAAGGUGGUGGGGACCUUCCUCUUCGGAGGGGCCAUCAGCCAGUCCCUCACUGACCUGGCCAAGUACAUGAUCGGCCGUCUCCGGCCCAACUUCCUGGCUGUCUGCAAUCCCGACUGGUCCAAGGUGAACUGCUCCAUCUACGUGCAGCUGGACAACGUCUGCCAAGGGGAGAGCAGGAACGUCACCGAGUCCAGGUUGUCCUUCUACUCUGGCCACUCCUCCUUUGGGAUGUACUGCAUGAUGUUCCUGGCGCUCUAUGUGCAAGCCCGGCUGGUGGGGAAGUGGGCCCGGCUGCUGCGUCCCACCAUCCAGUUCUUCCUCAUCACCUUCGCCAUCUACGUGGGCUACACCAGGGUGUCCGACUACAAGCACCACUGGAGCGAUGUGCUGGUGGGGCUGCUCCAAGGGGCUCUCAUCGCCAUCCUCAUCGUCCGAUACGUCUCCGACUUCUUCAAGCAGCGUCCCCCGAGGCCCUGCGAUGGGAAGGACCCGGAGCGCAAACCCAGCCUCCCGCUCACCAUGAGCGACGCCGACCGCAAUCACUACAGCUACCGUGGCGCGCCGUGAGCCGCGCUCCGCACCGGGCUCCCUAUGGACCGCUGGCUCCCUAUGGAACGCUGGCUCCCUAUGGACCACUGGCUCCGGUGCCGCUUGCUGCCGCAGGUACCUGCGGGUUAUCCCUGCCUAUCCCCACUCCUGGUGUUCUCCGUGCCCGUGGUGCCCCUGGGCUGGCACCGGUGCCCGGUGAUCCCAGCAUCCUCCCUGCGGGAAGGGAGCUCCUUGGUUCCUUGUGUGUCUGAGUCACGCUCCCAAGCUGCCAUCCCGGCUUUCCAUGCGCAGGGAGGGGAAGGGAGGCACGUGGGAUGGAUUUAUGAGGCUGGCAAAUGGCACGGAGCGAAGAGCAAACUCCUUGGGAAGCCUGAGCUUGCCUGGGCUGUUAUCCCUGUCGAAUGAUCCAGCUUCAUGAGCACAAGGAGGGCGGCUGCUGGGUUAGCAAGGAUUAAAGCGAUCCAGACCUUUCUCUGUUCCCUGAUUCCCUUAGAAAGCAAUGCUGGUUUCCAGUGUGUGUGAGCGCAGGGAGCAUGGGAAGGGCUCUUCCCACUUCCUGAUGCUGGGAGCAAGGGAUUCUUGCACUCACCGUGCUUGGGGAUGCUCCAGCCUUUGUCUCUGCUGCAGCUUCAGCUGAUGCUUUAGGGGGUAAGGGGGGGCAAAGGGAGAAGCUUUCUGUGGUAAAGGAAAACCGAUGGGGAUGUGGAGCUGGAUGUGGGGUUCCGAACACCUCGGGAAGGUGGGGAAUGGGCCACGGAGCGGGUCCCAGCGCAGCUCUGGAGCCUCUUCCUCAAUUCCACACGUUUUCACGAUGUGUUUUGAUACGAAAAAAUGCGUUUUCUAAAUGAGAUCAUCCUUAAAGAA